AUGGUGAACUCAGAAGAAGGCGCAGCCAAGCUUUGGACCACCAACAACAAGGCUCUAUGGUUUCUAAUCUGGUCAGAGCUUUUGUUUCUUCCACGAGAGUGCAGUCGCAGGCAUGAAUGGAAGUUCAGUGGCAACAAUGAUGGUGCUUAUUGUCAUCUGCAUUGCACUGCGAAGUUGGAUGAUGUGUUUCCGACAAGUGGGGAUGAAGAUGAAUUGUAUUGGUUUUGCUCCGACGCCCCUCAGAAACAAAUUCUGAAAGAGACUGGACUUGCGGACAAAGCUUGGGCGAAGAUCCGCACGAUUCUUCGUGCUUUAUUGUGGUUGGUCAUUCAGCAGCAGUUCGCUCGGGUGCAGUUGGGUGGUGCUGGCCGUGUAGUGGUCAUUGACGAAACUUUUUUCACAAAGAAGAAAACGAAUGCGGGAGGUUUCGUUGGAAGGAACACUGCGGGCCACAAAACCAUUGUCAUGGGCUUCCUGGAAUUGGAUUUAGCUACCCGCAAAGCAACAGGUGCCUGUGUUCUCAUCACCAUUCCGAACCGCAAGAUGUCGACACUCAAGAGGGAGAUUGAGCGCCAUGUUUUGCCAGGCUCGCUUAUUUUCACGGACAGGCGCAAGUCAUACUCAUUUCUCGGGCGUGCAGGCAGCCAGUAUGUCCAUCGUGCUGUGAACCACAAAGCAGGUGAGUUCUCUCGCGUCGAGCGUGUGUUUGGCGAGGACAUCAAUGUCACCACCAAUGCGGUUGAGGGGCUCUUUGGACGUCUCAAGACAUAUUUGCGGCAACGGCAAUAUGGCAGAGUCGGGAAGAAGGCCUAUGGAGAACUUCUCGCAGAAUUCUUGUGGCGUCAAAGAUGCUCAGCCUUUGGUGUGGAGCCUUUCUACAAUCUCAUGAGAGAGAUUAAGACCUGGCAGGUUGAGCAUCCUUUCACGGCGGAAGACACUCCCAGCGACAUCAGAAGCGAUUUUGAGUCCCUUCUCCCCGAUGAGAACGAGGAAGACGAGCCCGUCCCUCAAGAUGUACCGACCGGCCCAUGCCCAGCAGAUGCCAAGGAACGAGCCAAUUCGUCCUCCUCGAAGUGUGCCGCGGCAGCUUCAGCAUUCUUCACACGUAAGUACGCGUACUUUCAUGUUACCUGCAAUGUCUGCAAAGCGGCAGUUACAGGCAGCACUUACAGGUGCGAUGCAUGCGACUGGGAUGUGUGUCUCACUUGUGCAGAGCAGGCUUGA